GCAAGCACAACUGUGCGACCCCUGUUGCAUUGGCGAUAGAUACAAUGAAGUGAUGAAGACCGAGCAAGUCGCAUGCAAGCAGGCAUAGCCGUGCGACCCAUACGAUACCACCAGUGUAAAGGAUGAUCGAAGAUGGCUUUAAUUGAAUAGCUAGCUCAGCUGUGGUUUUGAUCUGAUUCCAUCUCUCCAAUUUCAUCGGCUACAAGUCUACAACCACCGUAAUGGCCUCAGCAGAGGAAGCGCGAGUUCCAACUGCAAUUCCGCCGCCAACUCCUCCUGUUACUAAGUUUAAGAUUGCACUUUGCCAGCUAGCAGUUACUAGUGAUAAGGAAAAAAACAUUGCCCAUGCUCGUCAAGCAAUUGAGGAUGCUGCGGGAAAGGGUGCUCGGCUGAUUCUUCUUCCUGAAAUAUGGAAUAGUCCAUAUUCCAAUGAUAGUUUUCCAGUAUAUGCAGAGGAUAUUGAUGCCGGUGGUGAUGCAUCGCCUUCAACUGCAAUGCUAUCUGAACUUUCUCGUACUCUAAAGGUCACGAUAGUUGGUGGUUCCAUUCCUGAACGAAGUGGUGACAGAUUGUAUAACACUUGCUGUGUCUUUGAUACAGAUGGAAAGCUUAUAGCUAAGCACAGGAAGAUUCAUUUGUUUGACAUUGACAUUCCUGGCAAAAUGACCUUCAAAGAAUCAAAGACUCUUACAGCAGGGGAGACUCCCACCAUUAUUGACACAGAUGUUGGACGUAUUGGUAUAGGCAUAUGCUAUGACAUUCAGUUCCAAGAGCUAGCAGCAAUAUAUGCUUCCAGAGGCGCCCACUUGCUUUGUUAUCCAGGAGCUUUUAACAUGACUACUGGUCCCCUUCACUGGGAGUUAAUGCAGCGUGCACGGGCAGCUGAUUUUCAGCUUUAUGUAGCAACUUGUUCACCAGCUAGAGACACUGGUUCUAGUUAUGUGGCUUGGGGCCAUUCUACUCUCGUCGGGCCGUUUGGGGAGGUUCUUGCAACAACUGAACAUGAAGAGGCGAUAGUCAUAUCCGAGAUUGAUUAUUCCCUUAUUGAGCAAAGAAGAACAUAUCUUCCAUUCGAGAGGCAGCGGCGAGGAGACCUUUACCAGGUUGUUGAUGUCCAGAGAGUUGGCUCGGUUUGAUAUGCAAUAAAUGAUCGGAUGUUUAUCCCAAGACCAAGACAUGAUUUCGUGAUCUCUCAUGAUUCUGCUGGCUGAUGUCCAAACUGCACCAUUUCUGGAUUUAAUUCCACUGCCUGUGUCUGUUACCUAACAGAGUAUUGGUAAUAUGUAGGAUACCAUACGAAUUCAAUUCUGUCUUCUACCAAACAGCGCCAAGUGCUUUUGGAGCAUGAUGUCUCUACAAUGCACAUGGAAACCCAGUCAGCUCCUCUUUUCCAUUGCAUUUGGGAAUCGAAAUGCGACACGUUUAAUCAACUCAUCAUUUAUUUUGUCGAAUAAAAUUGAAUAUUAUGGGAUAUGUUCUCUUCGAGGAAUCGAGGUGGGUCCAACUCACCAUCCACUUAUUAGCUUUGUCGAUAUUGGAAAUUAUCUUUCGAUCUAUAUAUAACUAAA